AAGCCGUAGCGUGACGUCACCCCUCCGUGGCUGCGGGACCGGAGGAGAAAUCGAGCGAGUGACUCGUCCAGCCAGCCGACGCCGGGAACGGGCUCGAUUCGCCUCGCCUCGCCACCUCCGGCCAUCGCGCCACAAUGGCCUCCGACGGCACGGACGAGCGCUCCCCGCUGCUGUCCACCCCCACCUCGGAGAACGCGCCGCCCUACCUGCACGACCCCAGCCCCCGAGCGGAACUUCCCCCGCCGUACACGGCCAUCGCCAGCCCGGACGCGGGCGGCGUCCCCGUCAUCAACUGCCGCGUGUGCCAAUCCCUCAUCCAGCUGGACGGCAAGCUGCACCAGCACGUGGUCAAAUGCACGCUCUGCAACGAAGCCACCCCUAUCAAGAACCCGCCCACUGGGAAAAAGUACGUGAGGUGCCCUUGCAACUGCCUGCUCAUCUGCAAAGACACUUCCAGGAGGAUAGGAUGCCCGCGACCCAACUGCCGCCGUAUUAUCAACCUGAGCCCGGUGAUGGUGAUCCCCGAGGAACAGCCUGCCCAACCGGCCCUCCCCGUCCAGCCCGACGGCAUGCGUGUUGUCUGCGGGCACUGCGGCAACACUUUCCUUUGGAUGGAGGUCCGCUUCAACACGUUAGCAAAGUGCCCCCACUGCAAAAAAAUCUCGUCGGUCGGCAGCGCGCUCCCGAGGCGGCGCUGUUGCGCUUACAUCACAUUCGGAAUGAUCUGUGUGUUCAUCGGCGUCGGGUUAACCGUGGGCACCCGAGACUUCGCCCGUCGCUACAACGCCACGUACGUGUCGUGGGUGCUGGCCUACCUGGUGGGCGUCAUCUGCCUGGUGCGAGCCUGUUACUGGGGCGCCAUCAAGGUCAGCUACCCGGAAAACAGCUUUGCUUAGGAGGCCCCGCCCCCCUGCCGCCAGAUGACCUUUUUAACCUUUUGCUCCCGUUUGUGUCAAAACCCCAUUCUUGUCAUUUUUUACAACUUUUAUUUCAUUGUUUUCCCGCCCAUGACCAAACGGAGUUCGUUGCACUACAGGUUUGUUUUUUUCUUUAACUCAUCGACUGCCAUUGACGGCGUUGGACGUCCGUGGCAGCUAAUGAUUUAAACGCAGGUGUUCGGCGGUUUUGCUGCUAGCUAGUGUCCAGCAAAGGAAGCUGCGUGGCUGUUUACUGUCCUAACUAUACAAAAAAAAUUGCCACAAACUGUCUUUUGACCUACAUUGUUUUAAAGUCGCCACUGCUGUUGUAACCAGGAAGCCGUACACUGACAGUUUACCGUAUUUAGCCUUUUUGACGUGUGCCAACGUUUGCUCUCCCGCAGUGUUACCAGAUUACUGUUACUUUAAGAUAUUUUGUUGGCGUUUAACCCCUCGUUGCCUGAAUUUACGUUCCACAUAUACGUCAAAAGCUUUGAGGGAAUACUUAAGUACAUGAAAAAUUGUAAUAAUAUUAAUAAAUAAAACUGAAUCGAGAGAACUAUAUAGGAAAAAAAAUAACAAAAAUGGGAAAAUGCUAAAUUUUAAAUAAUAGUCAAAGAAUUUUCAACUGAAUAUUAGCAAUGUGAUUUUUUUUUGCUCUGAAAAAAACGGUUUAGUACAGAAAUAUGAUACAAAUUUAUGAAAAACAAAAGUUGACAUUUUUUAUUUUGUUCUGAGGAAUCUUUAGCGCAAGAUUCACUAAAUCUGGACCUCGGUGCCACUUUUCCUGUCGUGUUUUCCAUGUCUCCCUCCUUCAACACACCUGAAUCAAAAUAAUCAGGAUCAUUAUCAGGCUUCUGUAGAGGUUGUUGAUUACAUAAUCAUUUGAUUCAGGUGUGUUAGGGGAGAGAGACGUGGACAACACGACAGGAAAAGUGGCACCGAGGUCCGGAUUUAGUGAACCCUGCUUUAAAGUGCGCGUGACACGAAAAAGCGUGUUUAUUUCAUAAUUCACGUAGUAUUUUAUGCUCCUGAAUGAUAUGGACCGCUUGGAUGUGUGUGGAAGCGAUCGCUAUAUUUAUUUAGUUUUUUGAAUCCCGCGCCAUGAAAAUGAGUGACUUCCGGCUUCGGUCUUGCAUUGAGGAGGAGGGCGCUGUGACGUUUACGAGAGAAGGAGUCCUCUUCACUAUACAGCAGUACUGUUGUGUAUGAGGACUAAGGAUUCAGCUGAUUUUGCGGAUUAAUACGUUUAUUUUUCGCAUCACGACAGCCAAACGGCUGCAGAAAAAUCUUGCUGUAUGAGGGAGAGGCGUGUGCGCCUUUUUGGAGUUUCAAAAGGUUCCCAGUCACCGUGGAUAUUGGCCAAAACAAGCCCUACCACUGUGGGACCAUUGGACUUACGAGGCAGUAAACAUUGCAUUUUGUAUUAUGUCAAAUACUGGGAUCAUUUUAAUAUGUAGGUGGCUUGCAAUUUGUGGCUCACAUGCAUGCGGGGCGGCUAUUUUUCGGCACAACACCGGCAGCUUGUUGCACAUCCACCCGCCGGGAGAGCAGUAUAUUCGGCUUAUUGUGCUCAUGUGCCCGGUGUUCCGUCAAACUUUCUGACCGAUCAGAAAUUGCAACUUUGAGUUAAAAAUAGCCGCGAAUACAGCGAUUAAGAAGUAAACACUACAAACUUUCUUUAAAUUAAGGACUACUACCGUUUGAUCAUUGAUAGGCAUGUAAAAAGCUCUCCUUAUGCACCUUAGCUGCACGUUAGCUGGUAAAUUGCUCUCCGGCGAAGACAAUCGACAACCCAGUCGUCAUGUCAAAACAUCUGGGCUAGUUAUGUGUGAUUUUCCGCUUCAAAGACUUUGAAAAAACACUCUGUUCGGGUUAGCAUGUCGGCUAGCUGUCACGCCUCUUGGCUUGUUUACAUUCUCCCAAGCCGGGGAAGGAAAAUGACAUAAGCCCGAUUUAGGUGUCAUAAAAUAUCAUUCGGGAGGUGCAACAGUAAAGGUGAAGUCGGCAGUUUUUACCAUUAUGGAGUAAUUUUGCCAUGUCGUCCUGAAUAAGUGCAUUUUUAUGAUUUCAUAUUCCAUUUAGCACAAGACUGUUAUUUGUCAUGACCAUGCCAUUUAUUUAGCAGUUGGGGGAAAUACUUGGAUAAAAAGAAUAUCCUGUAAAAAUAUUGAAGUAAAGAGACAGAAACUGACAUUUUGUAGCUCUCUUCGUCGCGUUUUCCUCGUCGUGAAUAGUUCCCCCUCGACGGGCUGACUGGUCCUUCUCAAGCCAUUUAUUUAGCUAUUGGGGAAAAAUACUUGGAUAAAAAGAAUAUCCUGUAAAAAUAUUGGAGUAGAGAGACUGAAACAAUGAAAUUUUGCGGGUCUCUUCGUCGCGUUUUCCUCGUUCACGAAUAAUUUCUCCUUCAAUGGGCUGAAUAGUAAAACCAAUGAGCCCAUUCUCCCGCUUACGUCAUCCACCUGUUGGGGACGCUCGAGCCCUAUAAUGGUAGGCGUGGCUAACCGGUAGAUUAAAAGACUAAUUUCUCGUCAUCCUCCGCUUUGCUAAAUUGUUGUAUAUAGUCGAAUCGUCUCAAAAUAUGAUUCUAAUUCACAUAAUAAUGCUAUUUAAGACUUUUUUUUUUCUCCUGUCGUAUGCUCUUUUAAGCAUUGGGAACUUUUCAGUUUUGGUCGAUUGUAGCGACCCCGGUGGACAAAAGCGGUAGUGUUUUGCCUUUCCUGUGUUUCCCAUGAGGACCAGCGCACACACGUACAAUGUCGUAAAAUCAUAAAUCAAUCAAAAAUCAAUCUCCCGGCCACCUGCAGAUGGAUUAAACAACAUUUCUGCUUUCUUCUUCCAGCGGCUGUGUGAAGGAUGAAUAGUAAUAGGGUAAUGAAUUCAUUUGUGGCUAAACAAUAGCAUAUGUCGGUUAGCAACUGUGUGGCUUAGUGUGGCUUACUCCCCCAAACCCACCCGAACUCGUCAGCGCUGACAAGUUUGGUUGAGGGGGGGGCGUCACGGCAGCAAGUGAAAGCCGGGUCAGUGUUUAUUCUUGAGUAUCCUGGUAGCCUGCCUUUUUUUUCUCCUCAGACAAAACUUUUUGUCUGUUUCUCUCCCACCUUUGCAGAAUUCGCGCGAAAGCUUCGACUUCCGUCUUUAUAAUAAUGGGGGAAGGGGUAAGUGACGUAUGCCGUAAAGCAGUCAGCACAUUUGUAGGUUUUUUUUUUUUGUCUGGCAGGGUUCAUGCCACCCUCCUCAAAGUUAAUUAGUGCCGGUGAAAGCAAUACAAACCCCCUAAAAAUAUAAAAGAGGUGUCAUUCAACUAUUUGUCAGUCGACGUAUUUUCACAAAAGUUAUGAAAAUAUUUUAUAAAGGUUGAAAAGUUACAUAGUGUUGCUUUAACGGCUCCAAAUUUAAUUUGUUGUCAAUUAUUUAGCAGUUAGGGAUUGAAAUGAUUAAUAAAUUUCUCAUUUUUCACAUAUUUAAAAAAUUUUAACUUUUAUUUCUUUUAAAAAAUAUUUUUUAUUAAUGUUCUUGUUAAUUUUACGAUUUACCCUUUUUUAGCCGUAAUUUUUUCCUAUUAUUUUAUUUAGCUUUUUUGUAUUAAACUAUUUACAGUGCUUUCUUCGCCGCCCUCUAACGGUCAGCAGGGAGGAAAUACUAAAUUUUUUUUAUGUACUUAGGUAUUGCUUUAUGUACAUUCAGGCAUUAAGAGGUUAAAGCAAAACAGCAAUAAUUGUUUUUGUCCGUCCGUCAGCACGUUUUUUUGUUGCUGUUGUUGCGUCUGUUUUUCAAAGAAUGUAUUCCUAAAGUAGCGCUCAUGCACAUCCAGUCCGGUAGGUGGCGUCUUUUCUUGAAUGUGGAGAUGGCAAGCCGAGCAAGGUGAAGGAAAGUCUUUGUACAUAUUGCGGAUGGCAAAGGUUGGUUCUUUUGCAAAAUGAUUAUUUAUCAAUAAAAGGACAAAAAUGUG